GAAAGAAAGAAAGAAAGAAAGAAAGAAAGAAAGAAAGAAAGAAAGAAAGAAAGAAAGAAAGAAAUUGCGUUUGUUUUUGAAAAGUGGGCGUUGACCUUUCUCUGUAACGUUCGUUCCACGGAUGGGCGUGCAUGGAACGUUCCCGACGAUGACGUCACAUUUCGUCUAUAUUGAGCUUUGCACCAGUUCGCUCCAGGCGUUGGAAGAGGUGGACGCGUUUACAGGUUUCUUAGCAAAAAUAUCCAGGCUCUGUGUUUACUGACCAUGUGCUGCGUUACCAAGACACCCCAGGAGUUAAGAUGAUCGUUGUACUCGGGGAGAUUGGUGGGACAGAGGAGUAUAAGAUUUGCCAGGCUAUUAAACAGGGCAGAAUUACCAAGCCAGUUGUGUGCUGGUGCAUUGGUACCUGUGCUACCAUGUUCACCUCAGAGGUACAGUUUGGCCAUGCAGGAGCUUGUGCCAACCAAGCCUCUGAAACAGCUGUGGCCAAGAACAAGGCUCUGAAAGAGGCUGGUGCCUACGUUCCUAAAAGCUUUGAUGAGCUGGGAGAGAUCAUCCAGUCUGUGUAUGAUGACCUUGUUUCCAAAGGAAUAAUCCAGCCAGCUGAAGAGGUGCCUCCUCCUACUGUACCAAUGGAUUAUUCCUGGGCUCGAGAGCUGGGUCUGAUACGCAAACCAGCUUCCUUUAUGACUAGUAUUUGUGAUGAAAGAGGCCAGGAGCUUCUCUUCUCUAUCACUGAGGUCUUUAGGUCAGAAAUUGGCCUGGGAGGAACUCUGGGGCUGCUUUGGUUUCAGCGGAGACUCCCGAAGUACGCCUGCCAAUUUAUUGAGAUGUGCCUGAUGGUCACGGCGGAUCAUGGCCCAGCUGUUUCGGGUGCACACAACACUAUUGUCUGUGCACGAGCUGGCAAAGAUUUAAUCUCCAGCCUCACCUCUGGCCUCCUCACCAUUGGGGACAGAUUUGGAGGAGCCCUGGACGCUGCUGCAAAGCAGUUCAGCCAUGCAUUUGAUAGCGGUAUGCUGCCCAUGGAGUUCGUCAACAAGAUGAAGAAGGAUGGAAAGCUGAUCAUGGGCAUUGGUCACAGAGUUAAGUCUAUAAACAAUCCUGACAUGAGGGUCCAGAUCUUAAAAGACUUUGUGAAGCAGAACUUUCCUUCCUCACAACUACUGGAUUAUGCUUUAGAAGUGGAGAAGAUAACCACCUCCAAAAAGCCCAACCUGAUCUUGAAUGUGGAUGGUUUCAUUGGUGUGGCCUUUGUGGACUUGCUCAGAACUUGUGGAGGAUUUACGAGAGAUGAAGCUGAUGAAUUUGUUGAAAUUGGUGCCCUUAAUGGCAUCUUUGUCUUGGGACGCAGCAUGGGAUUCAUUGGACACUACCUCGAUCAGAAGAGGCUGAAGCAGGGACUGUAUCGCCACCCCUGGGAUGAUAUCUCCUAUGUAUUGCCUGAGCAUAUGUCUAUGUAAUCAAAGACACUAAGCUGCUACCAGAGGUGGGUAGAGUACC